UGUUCGUCUGAACCCUGCACCCGGCAAGGGUGUUCCUAACCCCGCAGCGGAGCGAGGAGGCUGGAGCCCCCGGGUGCAGAGCCACCCGCCAUGAGGCUGCGUUUCGCCGGAGCUGUGCUGCUGUCAGCGGCCGCCUACUACGUGUACUUGCCGCUGCCGAGUGGCGUGGGUGAGCCGUGGAAGCUGAUGCUGCUGGACGCCCUCUUCCGGAGCUUCUUCCACGCGGGCGACGUGGCUCAGGCGCUGGGCGUGUGCCACCGCGUGCACUUCCUCAACAGGGUGGUGUCCUGGGUGGAGGUGAUCGAGGCGCGCCCCGGCCCCAUGGUGGACGUGAGCGACGCCACGCUGGGAGGCGUGCCGGCGCGCGUCUUCCGGGCCAAAGGGGGCGGGGACCUCAAAAGGGGGAUCGUUUACUUCCAUGGCGGAGGAUGGAGCCUACUCAGCGCACGGAUGCGCUCGUAUGACCGUCUGUGCCGCAAGAUGGCGGAGGACCUGGACGCCGUGGUCAUGUCGGUGGACUACCGUCUGGCGCCAGAGGCCGUGUUCCCGGAUCAGUAUCAUGACGCGUUGGCGGCGGCGCGGGCCUUCCUGUCCGAUCCGGUCCUGGAGCGCUACCGCCUGGAUCCGGAGCGGCUGUGUGUCUCCGGAGAUAGCUCCGGAGGAAACCUGGCGGCGGCGGUGGCACAGGAACUGGGCUCUGAUGGCGGUCUCACGGCGAGGUUCAAGGCUCAGGCGCUGAUCUACCCGGUCCUUCAGGCCCUGGACUUCCACACGCCGUCCUACCAGCAGAACCAGGCGGUCCCCAUCCUCUACAGACCCCGCAUGGCCCACUUCUGGCUCCUCUACCUGGGUGCCGACCCCUCCCUGGAGGCGGCGCUGCUCGCCAACAACCACAGCGCCCUGGACCAGCCCGCCAUCGGCGCCGCCACGCGCUCCAAGCUGGACUGGACCGCCCUUCUGCCGAGCGCACGCCAAAAGAGCUUCCUGCCGGUCCGGGCGGAGAGGGGAUCGCCGGGGUUGCUGGACGAGGUGCCGGCGCUGCUCGACGCCCGGGCGGCGCCGCUGCUGGCGGAGCAGGCGGUUCUGGGGAGGACGCCGAAAGCGUACGUGAUGACGUGCGAGUUUGACGUCCUGAGAGACGACGGGUUGAUGUACGCCAGGCGACUGCGGGACGCCGGCGUCACGGUCACCAGCGACCACUACGAGGACGGCUUCCACGGCUGCAUGGCGUUCGCUUAUCUGCCCGUCAUGUCCAGCGUGGGGCACCGCAGCAUGGACAACUACAUCCGCUGGCUGGACCACAACCUCUAAAUCAGGGGGGGCCCAAACCUUUUCUAAGGAUGCGGGGGCCAUUUUGGUGGGAAUCACCCUCGAAACCAGUACAAUAUCUAGUUUUUUUGCUAAGAACUAGAAAAUGCAAUUUCCGUAGAGAUUUUUGUGUCGUUGCUAAGGAGCCAACAAAGAACUAAAAUGCUAACGUUAGCACGCUGGCUAGGUAGCAUCAAGUAACAAAAAAUAUGAGCUUAAAAAAGCUAUCAUGCUAAUAGUACUAUGUUGACAUGCUAACAAUAGCAUGCUUAGAGUGAAAUACCAAAAUAUAUGCCACUGAGGUGUAUACCUGCUAAAUUAGCUAAAAAAAAAGCUAGCAUGCUAAAAUGUUAACGGUAAUAUACGUCAAUUACCAAAUUUUACUCUGAGUUGUGUACCUGAAAAAUUGGUUUAAAAUGCUAUCAUGCUAACUAGAGGUGUCCGAUAAUAUCCGAUAAAUGCUUUAAAAUGUAAUAUCGGAAAUUAUCGGUAUUGUUUUUUUUAAUUAUCGGUAUCGUUGUUUUGUUUUUUUUUGUUUGUUUUUUUAAAUCAACAUAAAAAACACAAGAUACCCUUCAAUUAGUGCACCAACCCAAAAAACCUCCCUCCCCCAUUUACACUCAUUCACACAAAAGGGUUGCUUCUUUCUGUUAUUAAUAUUCUGGUUCCUACAUUAUAUAUCAAUAUAUAUCAAUACAGUCUGCAAGGGAUACAGUCCGUAAGCACACAGGAUUGUGCGUGCUGCUGGUCCACUAAUAGUACUAACCUUUAACAGUUAAUUUUACUCAUUUUCAUUAAUUACUAGUCUCUAUGUAACUGUUUUUAUAUUGUUUUACUUUGUUUUUUAUUCAAGAAAAUGUUUUUAAUUUAUUUAUCUUAUUUUAUUUGAUUAAUUUUUUUAAAAAAGGACCUUAUCUUCACCAUACCUGGUUGUCCGAAUUAGGCAUAAUAAUGUGUUAAUUCCACAACUGUAUAUAUCGGUAUCGGUUGAUAUCGGUGUCUGUAAUUAAGAGUUGGACAAUAUCGGAUAUCGGCAAAAAAGCCAUUAUCGGACAUUCCUAAUGCUAACGUUAGCAUGCAUGAAGUACCAAAAUAUGAAUAAGGUGUACAACUAUAAAAUUAGCUAAAAAAAAAAGCUAGCAUCCUAAGUAUCGUUAAACAAGUAACAAAAUAUUUGACGCUGAGGUGUAUAUCUGUAAAAUUAGCAAAAAAGCUAACAUGCUAAAUUGUUACCUGUAGCAUACGUCAAUUACCAAAAUAAAUUACUCUGAGGUGUUUACCUGAAAAAUUGGUUUAAAAUGCUAUCAUGCUAACAUUAGCAUGCAUCAAGUUACAAAAUAUGAAUAAGGUGUACGCCUACAAAAUUUGCUAAAAAAAAAAAAAGCUAGGAUACUAAGUAGGUGUGUGGGAAAAAAUCGAUUUGAAUUCGAAUCGCGAUUCUCACGUUGUGCGAUUCAGAAUCGAUUCUCAUUUUUAAAAAAUUGAUUUU